AACGCCAACUUUUGUUUAUCUUAAAUGUUGAAUUUCUUUUAUUGCUUUUUGUUUUGACUAUUUUUUUUUUUUACUAUUCUUUAAUUUUAAUUUAAACAAUAUUUCAAUAUUUUCUAUGCAAUAUCUAUCGUAAUAUUAUAUAUAUAUACAAAAUAAAAUAAAUAUAAAUUUUAGUUAAUUUUCUUUCGUUGAUUCUUUUCAUUUUAUUUUUGUUCCAUCUGAAGCAAAGCGAACUCUUCUUAUCCACCAGAUCCACAACAACAACCACUACUACUACUAUAUAUAUAUAUAGCCUACGAGUAUAUCAGGGAUUAAGCGUAUAUAUCUACGUAUAACAAUUAAAUGCAAAAACACAGCUACCUCAAAGUUUUCUCAAUGAAAGUCCCCAACAAAGAGAAUAGUAGUUUAACAAAAUAUAUUACUAAACAAAAUAUUAUUAAAUAUGUUUAUUGCAUAGCAAAAAUGUAAGAGAAAAUACCAAAAACAAAAAACCAAAACAAAUGCAAAUGCAAAUAAAAACGAACUUUAAAAGUUACAACUAUUUACAGACACAUGUAUGUUACAAGAGCAACAAAAAACUCGAAGAAAUACUACAGCAAGUCCCCUCCCUCCCCUCGUAACUAAAAGUUUUAGACUGAAGCGUGAGUAUUUCAAGAAAUUGCUAUGAGAUCCCUGCCCCAAUACCGAGAAAUAUGUUAAAGUUUUUUUGGGCGGGGCCAUGGACGGUUCCAUUUCACACAUAACAAAAGGAAUAAUAAAGAAUUCAUACUACAACAACCAGAAAUAUAAUGAGAAUAAAGCUUUUCUUUGGACUGGCUGGAGGAAAUAUAUGUGUCUUUUUCUGUGAAAGGCUGCUCAAAAUGUUGGGUUUAUUUUCGGGAAAAUAUAUGUAUGCAACAUACGUAUUUCAGCAAGUAAGUAAAAGCUUUGUAUAUUCAACUGAUGGUUUCCAACUCUUGGAUAUACAUUUUUAGCGCGAGUUUUAUUGAGGGAUUCACAGUAUUUAGUUUUGUUCACGAAUUCACUUUUCAUCGCUCCAUCGCAACGACCAGCGCGGGGUUGGGCCUGUGAAAGUUCUUUCAGCGCACCCGAAAGAGAACAGAACUCAUUCAUUGAUUAUUAUGCAAAUCGUAUACACAUUUUAUAAAUAGUUGGCUUGGUUUAUUAAACAAGAGGCAUUUGCAUAGAAUACUCGUAUAUGAAAGACAAUAAUCGUUCGCCAACAUUUAUAAAUCUCGAAUGAGCUAUUCCAACGGUAGUUUGAAUGAUUCUCUACCAUCGCUUGCCAUUCUCUUGGAUUUUGUCGCGAUAUAAAAAGAGCUGAUGAUCAUCUGAUUUUGGUUAGUUGGCAGAAUGAAGUCGCGUUUGGUAGCUAGCUUUUCGAGUUUCUGGAUUACUUUCCACCUGGGAGUGCUGCUGGCAGGAGCUGAAACUUUCGGGCCGCGCCACAUCACGCUAAUGACUGGCAGUCCCGCUCCAGCUCCGGCUCCGGCCCCGCAUCCAUCACCACCGCAUGAAGUGAUCAUAUCCGGGGACUACGACCAUCACGACCACCACCACCAUCAUCCGCCGUACCCGCCGCCUGGCUAUCCCUAUCCCCCUCCGCCGCAGCAUUGUCAGUGCCCCCCUGGACCGCCAGGUCCACCAGGGCCUGUGGGAUCGCCAGGCGUGAAAGGAUAUCCAGGGAUGAAGGGUCCCAAGGGUGAUCAAGGGCAGAAGGGACCACCAGGCGAGAAGGGUUACCCGGGCUUUCCGGGUCUCCCCGGUCCUCCAGGUCCUUCAGGUCCUCCCGGCUUCCCAGGCUCGCAUUCAUAUCGGGACAACUACCAACCACCAGCACCACCGCCUUCCCAUGGACAUCACGGAGAUCACGGGCACUAUGGGCACCAUGGAGACUAUGGACACCAUCGCUACUUCUCGAAUGAACAGUCCUAUGACGAAGACGAAGACGACUACGAGGGCCAUGAGCGUACCUUUGGUGAAGUAGAAGAGGAGUCGAUUGGCCACCAACCAAUCCUCUUGGCAUUCAGUCAUGUGGGAAAUCCAUUUGCCACAAAUUCAAACAGAAAACAAAUUUAAAAUAAAGUUUUCACUUGGUGA